CCCAAGCACACUGCUUGCAUCAGUAAACGCUGUCAAGUGAAUGGAUGGCGGUAAUGGUAUUAACACUGUACUAGGACUGCACAACAGCCCUUUACCUGUCCUGUUUAGCUUCCACAUACUUUUCAACACUCAUUUUCCCAAAGGGGAAACCGAAGACCAGGAUGACUGCGACAGGGCUCCUGAAGUCUCAUUUCAUGACUCCGAAGCACCAGUGCCACGCUGGUGUUGUCUUGAUAAGUCACUGAAACAAGUUCCCUUUGUUCUCUUAGAAAAAGAACAACUCUCCAAGGCCAAGGCGUCUGUAAGCAGCUUGAACAAAGUGAUUCAGACCAAACUCACUGUGGGCAACCUGGGACUGGGCCUGGUCGUCAUCCAGAACGGGCCGUACCUCCAGAUUAGCCACCUCAUCAAUAAAGGGGCUGCAGCCAGUGAUGGAAUCCUCCAGCCAGGUGACGUUCUGAUCAGUGUUGGACAUGCUGAUGUGUUAGGAUAUACGCUCCGUGAAUUUUUAAAGCUUUUGCAAAAUAUCACCAUAGGAACAGUGCUACAAAUUAAGGCUUACCGAGGCUUUCUUGAAAUACCCCAGGAAUGGCAGGAUGUAUAUGAUUUGAUCCCUGAGACCAAAUUUCCAAUCCCACACACACCAAAGAAAACGGAGCAGGCAAAAGAGUCUUUUGUAAAGGAUGGCCAUGAAGAUGCAGUUUUAGAUAAAAAACUGAAGUAUUACAGGUAUCCUCGGUCAGUCUGGAAUUACCCUGUAAGGACACCAAUAUCAAUCUCCACAGAAUGGCAUGGGUAUAAAAAGAAGGACCACACUAUUAGUGUUGGCAAAGACAUUAACUCUGAUGUAGUAAUUCACAAGGAUGACAAGAAGGAACUGAGGGUCCCUUCUCCAUACGGGGUGAUGGUGGAGCAAGACAAAGCCAUCUCCUCCUCGUCCUCCUCCACUGCUGCUUCUUCCAUCUCAGAUGCCUUCUGGCUGGAGGAUUACGCACAGGUUGAGGAGGGCAAAGGUAAACAGGUAUCAAAGUUUGAUUAGGUUUUGGUUUGCAAAUUUGUGGCCAUAGAACUUUUUAUUUUUAAACAUCCAAUUUUUAUGCCUUACCAUGGUGUUGAUUUGUAGAUUUCCUACACGACUUACCUGCUCUCCUAUGACUACAGAAAAGCCUUCCUCCAUUAGCAGUUCAGGACUUCCUGUGGUCUAACAGGCUCUGCAGACCUGUUCUCAGAGCCUGGCCUCACUUGCUCAGAUUUUACAGUGUCACUAGAGGAACGUGCCCAAUUAUCAGAAUGGCUGAACAUUUGUCUUGUAAGGUACUGUUUUCCUUGAGGUUUUAGCCUGGUUGUUUAUAUUACAACCCCUGCUCCCACGCUCUCAGUGAUACCUUUACUGGGAAUGUCAGGACUGAAACAAGCAAGGAAGAGACAGAAGGAGCCAGACACAAAUGAAGGAACCAGCUGAGAGGAUGUUCUUUACAAAUGCAGUUUUACUGUAAAUGGGGCAAAAUCCAGACGAUUCAAGUGUUCAAGUUGUUUUUAUUUUAAAAAGUCAUCAGUAAUAAUCUGGAAUUUUUACUUUUAAAGCUGCUUAGCCUCAAUUUUAACAGUUUCUGAAAUUUCUUAAUUGAUGUAAUUGGUGAACUCUAUUAGUUUUCUUUAAAGCAUUUAAUAAAUACCUGUUCACUGCUUAGAAAGAAUGCAAGAAAAACAUUUACACAUAAUGCUUUAUUGGCUCUAGGACAGCUGGGAGUCACUAUGCUUUUAAGUUUUUUUUUUUUUUACUUCAUUGAGAAAAUGUUGAAUUAACAUUAAUUAAUAAUUAAGAGACCUGACUCUGAUGUGCUUGCUGGUCUGGGCUGAGCAUGUGUUAUAACUCAUCAAGAAAAGGCGUAUGUCCCAAGUUUCCACUCGCUGCCAUUGACUUCUUGCCAGAAACAAACUUUUUUGCAGCCUUAAAUAAAACACAGAAAGUUAAAUAAUAUUAUCACCAAAUAGAUAAACCAUAUAUAUAUAUUGAGUUUAUGGACAAGACAUUCUAAGACAGCAAUUCUGUAAUACAGCCUCAUAAGCCAAUCAAGUGUGAGACAGUCGGUGUUUAGUCAGAAUGUAAGCAGCAUCACACGUGCAACUAAGCAAACAGAAGGUCUCCAGGUGAGAACCGGCUUGAAGAAAACCCCCAGACAUUCAAAACCAGGGAGAAUGGCCACUGGUAGGCCGCACUUUGUUUUGUAUCACAAUGGUAAAAGGCCAGGGUGAAUCAAAAUACCGUCAUGGUUAACAUAUUUAUUGUGGAAGAGGGGCUGUUGGUGGUGGUACUGAGAGACCAUGUAGUCCAGGCUGCUUGAGACUCACCAUCUUCUCGCUUUAAGCCUCCAGAACA